AUGCGUUCUCCUCCUCCCCUUCCACGCAUUUCGCCAGACGCCCUCCUCCGCCCGCAUCUGCGCAUCCGAGGACCAUGGUUGGCCGCGCGUCCCUCUCCGCUCCUACCACCGGCGCAACCAGCGGAGUCCCUCCCUCCACCUCCGCACUCCGAUCGCCUUCCCGGCCUCGUGGACUCUAUCCGUUUCGCCUCCUCCAUCGGCCAUCUCUCCGACGCCUUUUCUGCCUUCUCCUUGCUUCGCCGCCUCUAUCCCACCUCUUGCCUCGUCCUCCUCCCGUACCCCCUCUCCUUCCUCCUCUCUUGCUCUGCCGCCCGCAGCGCCCUGUCCCAGGGCCAGCAGCUCCAUGCCCUUGCUCUCGCACUGGGCUUCCAAGAUCACUUCUUUAUCCUUCCUAAGCUCAUUACCUUCUACGCCGCUUGUGGAUUCCUCUCCGAGGCUCGCAAUGUUGCCGAUUCGAGCAAGAACCAAUUUCGAGCCUGGAACUUCCUCGUCUCGGUGCACGCUGGCUGCUGCGCCUGGGAAGGUGCGAUUUUUACCUACAAGCAGAUGAUUGAUAGGGGCAUCUUCGUCGGCAAGUAUGCUUUCUCGACUGUUUUCCGAGCUUGCGGUGAGGUGGGUAACCUAGGUUUGGCCAUGGUGGUCCAUGCCCGCAUGGCUGCUUCCGAAGUGGAACUGGAUUUGUGCACUUGGAAUUCGUUGGUCGCCAUGUACGCUAGGUGCGGUGCGGUGAGAGAAGCUAGGAAGGUGUUUGAUGCAAUGCCUAUGAGGGAUAUAAUUAGUUGGAACACAAUGAUCUCCGGAUAUGUCUCAGCAGGAAUGUUGGAGGAGGCAAUUGAGUUGUUACCAUCAAUGCAAGAAGGCCCAGGAUUUAACACUGUGACUUGUAAUGCUAUUGUUUCAGGAACUUUGCGGUUGCAACAUAACUAUGAAGCACUAAGGUUGAUCUCCCGGAUGAAAAUUAGUGGCCCAGCCAUGGAUCAUGUGACUUUAGUCAAUGGGUUGAAGGCUUGUUCUAGACUGAACUCCAUGAAGAUUGGGAAGGAGAUCCAUGGAGUAGCACUACGAACCCAUUGCUAUGGGGUCGAAAACAUCAUCAACACUUUGAUCACAAUGUACUCCAGGUGCAAGAACAUGAGCUAUGCUUAUAGUAUAUUUAGAACUAGUGGGAUCAGAAGUUUGAUUACUUGGAAUGCCAUGAUCACAGGGAAUUUGCAUGCAGAAAAAACUGAGGAAGCCUAUUUGCUUUUCCAUGAUAUGAUUGGAUCUGGCAUGCAACCAAACGAUGUUACCAUAAUAGUCAUGCUUUCGUUGUGUACCCGUGUUAUGAACCUCAAUCAUGGAAAGGAACUUCAUUGUUAUAUGGUGAAGGAAGGAUUCCCUGAUCACCUAGUUCUAAGCAACUGCCUCAUAGGCUUAUACUCCAAAUCUAGAAGGAUGGCACUCGCUCAAAGGCUUUUCGAUGUUAUGAAAGUCCAUGAUGUGAUCACCUACACGAUAUUGAUUGCUGGGUAUGGAAUGCUCGGUGAAGGAAUUACCUCUCUAAAGCUAUUCAAUGAGAUGAUCCGUAGCGGGGUUCAACCAGAUCAUGUAACCAUGGUGGCCAUUCUCUCAGCUUGUAGCCAUUCUGGGCUUGUCAAUGAAGGGCUAUCACUGUUUGACUACAUGAACACUGGGUAUGGGAUUGCACCUCGAGUGGAGCACUGGUCUUGCAUGGUUGAUUUGUACUGUAGAGCAGGUCUCCUGAAGAGGGCAGAAGAGUUGAUUAUUCACAUGCCGGUCGAGCCAACAGGUGCUAUGUUGGCUACACUUGUUGGUGCCUGUCGAGUUCACAGAAACAAAGAGGUUGGAGAAUGGGCGGUGAUGAAGCUUUACAAGAUGAGCAACCGCGGUUUGAGCCACCACAUUCAGUAUCAGAGAAUUAGCCAAUCCUAA